AUGGAAGAUGACAAUGCAAUUGAUAUUUACAAAUGGAUAUUCUCUACUGAAGAUAGUGAUGAUUUUUGUGAUCGAAUGGUGAUGGAAAACAACGGAAAUGUAAAAGAAGUUGAGCUAAAAAUUCGCAGCAAUAUCUUGGCUGUACGCUUCUGUCAAGAAGAGCCUGUUGAGCCAAUGAUUGUUGUAUUAGAGAAAGUACAUCUCGAAGUCCUUCCUAAUGAAAAUGAAAUGUUUCCGUUUAUAAUUGGUUUCAGUUCUGGUACAAUUAAAUUCUGUGCUAAGAGCGAAGAACUGCGAGAAAAGUGGAUGGUGAAGAUGUCAACCUGUUCUCACAGAAUGGCUCAAGCAGAACUUGAUGAAAUAGCAGAUAGUUUUUUCAAUACGUGUACCGUUACUGCUGCUACUCCUGUCUCUACUUCCGUUUCGUCAUGCUCAUUUUUUUUAACAAAUCCGGUGAGGAAAGUCCAUAAAUUCUCCAUAUCUCAGAAUGUGAGCCUUCAUUCUCGUAAAAUAUCAUGUGAGGAAGUAAUGUGGGAAAGUAAAUUAUGUACUACGCUACCUGUGCAGCUUAUUAAAUUGUAUUUAAAAUGGUGCGACGAAAUGAGUAAGCAGCUGAAAAGUCGUUUGUGGUAUGUACCAAGCGAGUAUUUAGAUCCAGUUCAUGAUUGCCUCAGUUCUGUUAUCGAGCGUACUUUUAGACAUCUUUCUGCUAACCAAGAGGUUUUGAUGGAUUCAUUGGAGUUUCUUGAGUCCUACUCUGGUCCUUCUUUUCGUUCUUCCUCGGAUAAAUUCCGUGUUGCCUUUGCAUCCGUGCCUACAAAUUUGCACCUGCAACAGUUUUCCGUUGAAGGACAUUUAUAUAAUUACCUUACCGUCGGCGCUUCAAGUGCUAUACCACUUCGGUUUGCGCAUGGUGGUUUGUCAAAACAACGUGUAUCAUUACACAGUUCUGUGAACGAUCCCAAGCAGAUCGAUUACAUCAUCGAUUCUCGAUUCUAUUACAGACGUCGGAUCUUGCAAACUGCUAAAAGUACUAUCGGUGAAUUGUCCAGACGAGUUGAAACUGAUUGGCAAAUUGCUGAUUUUGGUAAAGUAGACAAAAUUGGGUUACAAUUAUUGGCUGAAAUAAAACAACUCAAUGAAAGCUUGAUCGAUUUGAUUGGCUCCUUUCCUGAUAUAUCUGUAUUAGUCGAUAAUCUUUCUGUUUGGUCUCAACCUCUUAUUUCUUCAGCUCGAUCAUCAGUGCUCGAUAAAGAAAAGCAUUUUGUGUAUGAUGGCUUGGAUAGUCAACUUGAUAAUAUUGAGGCAUCUCUGAUCAGUCUGAAUACCAAAAUGGCAGUUAUCGAUUGUGUGCCAAAUAAUGAAGAUUCUAGAAGAGAAUACAUGACUAACGCUAGGCAGACCCUAAAUGUUGCUCUCAAUGCAUUACUGCAGCUAACAGAAAGUCUUCUUGAUGCUCAGCUAUUAGGCUUAGUAUUGGCAUUAAAACGAUCUAGUGACUGUCAACUCUACUUUAAUAUUCAAUUAAGAAGCGAUUUGGUACUAUGUCAGGCAGUUACGACUGUUACGACUGGAAUACUAGCUUUUUUAGAACAAAAAUCAGAAAUUUUGGAUUGGUCAACGAUUUCUCCACUUGUUACUAUUUUUUCUUUUCUCUCGUGCUAUGGAGAUGAGCGAGGCAUGAUGGAAGAUGCCCGAGAGUGUUGGGCAGCUAUUCAGGAUCGGGUUAUGUUCAAAUUUAUACAAGCGACAUCUUCCGUUGCAUCGGUUUGUGUGCCAACAGUUAGUGGUGAUCGUUACAAAAUGAUUGUUCAAGUGCCUCUACAACAUGAUUUAUAUAAGAAUUUGUCAGAAUCUCUACGAUCAGGAAGUAUGUUCAGCGUUUAUGCAGUGUUUUGGAACCUGGGCAUCAAUCAUGAGGCCUCAUUUGCUCAGUCAUUUGCUGGCGAUAGUUCUCUUGAGCAGUCAAUAAAUCUUGUAGCAGCGAAAUCAUUAGCUCUAUAUGUUUCACUGCUAAAAGAAACAUCACUUUCUGUUGAAGAGCUGCUUGCAGAACUAUCUUCCACUGUGACAGCAAAUCCAACUAAUAAAAAUGUAUCAAUAUUUCGUUUGGUGAUGGCAGUUAAUUCCGUAAUUCAUGGAAUACCAAUUUUAUGUUGCAAAAGUGGAAAGGAUCGCACUUCUAUGGCUAUUACAUAUGAGGAAGGAAGGAUUAUACGUGAAAAUUGUGGAAUUAGUGCUGAACAGAUGGGAGAAAUGAUUGUAUGUUUGCGUCGAGACGGUGUACGACGUGAAAACUGUCGUAAAAACGUUGGUAAAGCACUUUACUCUUUCUCCCCUUUCCAAAUGAACUUUAUUCCCAAAGAGUUUCGACCUCCUGCAGGAACUUUUUCUCAAGGAAUACCUACUUGA